CGUCGUCUUGGUUGGUUGGCUGGCGUGCUGGCUGGCGUCAUUCCUUCCUUUUCCCCCCCGCCCACCUCCCAUAAACCCACCCCAUUCUUCUCUUCCUCCACAAGUCUGCUUCCUCGAUUCCAUCGAGAUAGCAAUCAUGGGCGGCUCGAAUUCCACGGGGAGGGGCAAGGGUCCAUCCCCGCGCGCGAUGCCGCCGGUGGAGGAGGUGGACAUCUCCGCCGUGCGCUACAGGUCGCCCACGAUGCAGGCUCCGCACCUCACCGGCUUCUCCCUCAGGGUCUUCCUCUGGCUCAUGGAGGCCCCCCUGCUGGGCCCACUCGUCACCUCCCUCCUCAAGUCCCAGAACAACAUGCAGCAGAUGCUGCAGCAGACGCUCAUCCCCGAGCGCCCCAUGUACUACCCGGAGUACCCGCCGCAGGACCCGGAGCUGGGAGUUGUGCUUGUGGGGGAAGAUAGGGACCCAGUGGACAGAGUUCACCAGGCACUGCAGUGCCUCCCACCGUAUGACCCUUCAGCGCGUUGGAUGACUGAGGAGAAGCCCCCUUUUCUCUACUGGAAGAUCCGUGACUUUGCGCAUGCGUACCGGUCCGCUAUCACAACUCCGUCAGCUGUUGCCGAGCAUGUCAUUGCAGGUGUCGAAGAGUGGAACAACAAGAAGCCUCCAAUGCCAAUGCUGAUCCAUUUCAAUGCAGAUGAUCUGAGGAAGCAAGCUGAGGCUUCCACGAGGAGAUUUGAGCAAGGAAACCCAAUUUCCAUUUUAGAUGGGAUCUUUGUCGCCAUCAAGGAUGACAUUGACUGCUUCCCAUAUCCAUCCAAGGGUGCUACAACAUUUUUUGACCAAAUCCGCACCGUGGAGAAAGACGCAGUGUGUGUUGCUCGGUUGCGGAAAUGUGGUGUCAUCUUUAUUGGGAAAGCGAAUAUGCAUGAGCUAGGUCUUGGGGUAACCGGAAACAAUCCAAAUUAUGGGACAGCAAGAAAUCCACAUUCAAUUGAUAGAUAUACUGGUGGUUCUUCAUCUGGUCCUGCUGCAUUAGUCUCAUCAGGGUUAUGCUCGGUAGCGAUUGGAACAGAUGGUGGAGGUUCAGUUAGAAUUCCAUCGUCACUCUGUGGUAUUGUUGGUUUCAAGACAACAUAUGGCCGAACAGAUAUGACUGGGGUGCUUUGUGACUCUGGGACUGUUGAAGUUGCUUCUCCUCUUGCAGCCUCAGUCGAGGACGCAAUGCUAGUGUACUCUGCAAUAGCAGGCUCUAGACCCUUGGAGAAGCUUAACCUUAGACCAUCACAGCUUUGUGUUCCAAAUUUGGUGUCUCCCGACAGCAGCAAUAUCCUGGGAUCAGUGAAAAUAGGAAAAUAUACAGAGUGGUUUCAUGAUGUUUCUGAUUGUGAGAUCUCAAAUACAUGUGAGGAUGCACUUAACCUUCUUUGCAGCACCUUCGGAUGUCAAAUAGCAGAUAUAAUAUUACCAGAGCUUGAAGAGAUGCGUACUGCCCAUGUUGUCUCAAUUGGCUCAGAAUCAUUCUGUGAUCUGAAUCCUCAUUACAAAGCAGGAAGGCGGACUGAAUUUACACUGGAUACUCGAACAAGUCUGGCACUUUUUGGGUCAUUCACUGCAACAGAUUAUGUUGCUUCUCAAUGCAUAAGGAGAAGGAUAAUGUACUACCACAUGGAAGCUUUCAAGAAGGUUGAUUUCAUAGCGACCCCUACAACUGGCAUUACUGCUCCAAAAAUACCACCAAGCGCUCUGAAGUCAGGAGAGUCUGAUUAUGUUGUGUCAGCUUACCUGAUGCGAUUCGUCAUAGCCGGGAACCUUCUUGGUUUGCCAGCAAUUACUGUGCCUGUUGGUCAUGACAAGCAAGGCCUUCCUAUAGGUUUGCAACUGAUAGGUCGUCCAUGGGGCGAGGCUAGCUUACUGAGGGUGGCUUCUGCGGUGGAGGAGAUUUGUCUGAAGAAACGGAACCGACCCUCUGCGUUUUAUGACAUUUUGAAGGCCUGAAAUGUCAUGGUACAUAAUUCUGCUGAGACAUGGAUGAUGAAGGGUCGCUGAUAGUGACUGAGAAGAGUGUUAUCGUCUUACUCCAUAUAAGUUGUCUGUAAUAAUAUUAUAAUCACUCCGAUUGGGAUGGCUCAUGGCUGCAGACCAUCCCUAGAACUAUAAUAAUGGUAAUGUAGCAAGAACUCAAUUCUCCAUAGCAACUUAUUUUAUAAGAUUAUCGUAGCUGCAACUGGAGGAGGA